UAUAACCAUAUAAAAUUUAAGUUAUAACCUCACUUUUGAUUACAUUAUUUUAGUUUGACUGGGAAAAAAUGUCGAAAAGAAAAUUGGGAAAAUUGAUAAACGACAACAUAGUACUAAUAGUAGGAAUUCCUUUAAUCAUUGGCAUUCACUAUGGAUGGGCUAAAUUACAAGAUAUACCUUAUUUAGUAGAUCCAGCUCACAAGAAGCAAUUACCUAUCAUAACAGUUUCCUUCAGCCAAUUUAGAAGUUUUCUUAUACCCCAUGGAGUUAUCUAAUGGACAAAGGAAAUUAUUUCACUACAUCGUUUUAUAAUAAUAAUAAAUAAUAUUAACAAUAUAUAGAAUAUUGGCCAUAUAUAUGAAUAAUUGUUCAUUGGAUUAUAUUACUACAGAGACUAUGCUGACUAUACUAGCCGUGAAAUUUUUGUAUGUAAAGUUGUCACUAUAAACGGGUAUUUAAUUUUCUUUUAGAGCUUUUAUAGUAAGAAAGUUAAUUGGUUGAUUAAAUAUUAACCCUGA